AUGAUUAAGAGUGGAAAUUUAACCCACAAAUCUCAUUAUGAGAUCCUCGAUGUGAAGGAAGAUGCUAGCUUUGAAGAAAUUCGUACAUGCUACCGAACUGCCAUUCUGAGUUAUCAUCCAGAUAAAAUGCAAACGACGUCCCAAACAUCAAAUCCUGCAAACGAGUUUGGCAGUAGGUUUUUAGAGGUACAGAGGGCUUGGAAAAUCCUCGGAGAUUCAAAAUCUCGUGCACUUUAUGAUAAUGAGCUGCGAUCUUUGAGGCAGGAUUCUGCAACUGCUGAAGAUAUCAGAUUAGAGGAUCUGUCAAUCGAAGAGGCUGGUGAUUUUUUUGAGUUUUCGUACGGCUGCAGAUGUGGCGAUUACUUCCUAAUCGAUUCUUUAGAGUUGUCAGAUAUGGGAUAUCCAUUGUUGAAAAAUGAGAGUAAAAUUGUUUUGCAAACGCCAAGAUCUCUACCAGCAUCCAUUGUUCUUCCUUGUGGGUCAUGCUCGCUUAAAGUCCGGUUAUUGAUUAACGCUGAUAGGAAGCUGCAAACUGAGCUGAGUAAUUGA